CCACGGCAGAGGUGAUGAUGCGUGGCCUUUUCCGAGGCGCCGCCGUCGCGGCAGCGAUGGUGAUGUCCGUGACGGCACAGCUGACGGACUUCCCUCUGUGUCGAGGCAAUCCCGUGUCUUCGUACAGUGCGGCAGUGAAUGAGUACCCGGAACUCAAGAACGCGAUUGAAAAGGUCAGCCAGCACCAAAUUGUGACGUGGUGGACAGACAACAACCCGGACUACGACAAAGAGAUGCAAAAACUCCUCAACAACUGCAACGCUUCGACGGUGCCCACGAUCGUGGUGUACGGCCUCCCCAACAAGGAUUGCAAGGCCGGGUUCUCGAACGUGGGUGCGAACAAAGACUCGGACAUGUACGUGAGUUUUGUCAAAGAGCUUGUGUCGUUGGUCGGGACCCGACCGGUCAAUUAUAUCCUGGAGCCGGACGCUGUUGGUCUUGCUAUCGAUACCGAGUGCGGGAAAACGGCCGGGUACCUCGACAACAUGAUGACAGUGAUCCCGAUGUUGACCGAGGACAAUGUGAACGCGAGUCUGUACAUUGAUGUGGGGUACUGGGCGUUCAAAACGGAAGAAAUGUCGGCGGAAGUUGUGCAGGCUAUCAAGCAGCUCGCAUCCAAAGGCGGCACAGUUCGCGGUAUUGCCUUGGGCACGUCCAACUACCGCAAGACGUCCGAAAUGAGCGACUUGUGCGCCAAGUUCGUCAAGGCGUCCAAGAAGGACUACAAAUGUGUGAUCGACACGUCGCGCAACUACCUCGGUCCGAAAGAAGGCACAGGCGAAUGGUGCAACAGUCAAUAUGCCGCAAUCGGGGUGCCCCCCACGUCGAAGACUGAGAACGAUUUGAUCGAUUACUUCCUUUGGAUAAAGACCCCCGGUGAAAGCGACGGACCUUGUAACACCCCCGAUAUCUCGAAGGACGCCCUCAAGCAUGGCCCACCUGCCGGCAAGUUUUUCGAGAAAGCUUUCAGCUUGAUGUGGGACCGCGGGUACUUCGUGGACAAGAAGCUCGGUGACAAAAUUGGCCGGUAUUCGUUGGAAGUGGAACAAAUCCAAGAAGGUGGAGGCAUCAGCUACGUUGCGCUCAUCGUCAUUGUCGCGAUUUGUAUCGUCCUUGUCGUCGGCAUUGUCUUCUUUAAGCGUCGCCACGACGCCAAGCAAGGUCGCGCCCGUGCCAACCACCGCCAAGUGGACGCCGAAGCAGCGGUGCGCAAGCCAUACUUGUCUCUUUAAGUAAACUUAAUUGCACAAACAUAUAUUUUCGGUGCGAAGGUAUAUUAGCACUGCGUGAAUUGUUCGA